AGUGAAGUUGAAGUCGUCUUCAAUUACUCACUACCUCGAUGCAUAAAAUCAUAUGAAGAUUACUGCAGACCAGAAGCUAUACGUUUAUUUUAGCGAUGAAUCAGUUCUUUGUUCAUCGAACGAAAAAUAAUCGUUCGACCUGCCGUGCACCAUUUAUUUAAGUCUCACGUCGAGGUCUGCCCACUCUAUUGCACAAUAAUGUUUUACAUGUAUACCUAUAACGUAUAGCUUCAUUCUUUGGUUUAUCAUAGUUAUAACUGCGGUAUAUAAAUACACACAAAGUCAGGGAAAAUAAAUUAUCCAUCGAAGCAAGCUAGUAAUGUCUAAUCCAUGUAUAUUCUCUUUGUCAAGUUUAAAACAUAUACAUAGUUUUCUCUCUCUCUCUCUCUUUCUCUCUUCAUCUCUCUCUCUCUCUCUCUCUUUAAGUAUAAGCUUAUUUAUAGAUCUUCACAUAACAUCUCCGUAGAAGCUCUACACGUCUAUUGCUUACUAUCCAAUUCUUGGUAUUAGAGAUGUUUCCUAACCCACUUUGUUUUUAUUUUGCAACUCAUGUACUCAAAUUUUGCGAACGUCAUAUUAACGUCAAGUUUUAUUGCAAGUUCGCGUAGUAUUAGUGUCGAUAAAGUGAGCGGAAGUGUGUCCGAGUGCGUUACGAGUUAAAUAUUUACGGAAUUUUCUGAGUUAAAACUGCUGUUGCAUACACUGCUGUGCGUGAAAAUAUCGGCUCUUCGAUAGUGUGUAAACAUUAAAAUGUCAGGCUGCUUUUUUUAUGAAUCGAUACGUUUACCCAUUGAUCAAAAUGAACAGUCGGAAAUACUUAAGGGAACAGAGUUUAUAAGAGUUUCCAAAUUUUAUCCAGAAUGUAAACAAGGAAAAUUCAUAAGUUAUAUUCACGAAGACGUCCGAACAUUGUACGAUGCUUUUCGAAAGGGUACCAAAGAGUCAAACAACGGACCUUGUUUAGGCUGGAGGAACGGCCCGUUGAAGACAUACCAGUGGUUGAAUUACAACGAAACUCUUCUGCGAGCCAAGAACUUCGGUUCCGGCCUAAUCGCGUCAGGUCUUCAACCUGGUCCUCAAACCCUAGUUGGCCUCUACAGCCAAAAUCGACCAGAAUGGAUCCUCACAGAACAAGCUUGCUACACGUAUUCGCUAGUCGUAGUUCCUUUGUACGAUACUCUCGGGCCAGAUGCCUGCGCGUACAUAAUAAACCAGGCUGAGAUAACUCUGGUCGUUGUCGAGGACGAGAAAAAAUGCAACUUGAUUCUGGACAAGGCCCCAAGAUGCCUUCGAAAACUAGUGGUGAUAAACCCAGUGAAGAGUUCAACCAUGCAAAGAGCCAAAAGCAGGGGAAUCACUGUGGUGAGUUUCGAGGACGUGGAACGUCUCGGCGCGCAGAAGAAUCAUCCAGAAAUGCCACCACGAUACACAGAUCUCUGUACGAUCUGUUACACGUCCGGUACCACUGGUUUUCCAAAAGGUGUCAUGUUGACCCACCAGAAUGUUAUGGCAGGAAUUUGCGCGGUUUUGCUUCAGCUGGGCGAAUACAAGCUCACGGCCAAAGAUUCGAUGAUCAGCUUCCUACCUUUGGCUCACAUGCUGGAAAGAUGCUGCGAGAACGGAAUGUACAUGGUCGGUGGUUCCGUCGGUUUCUACAGCGGCGACAUCAAGAAGCUGUCAGAAGACAUGAAGCUGUUGAAGCCGACGUUUAUGCCGGCUGUGCCCAGACUUUUGAAUCGUCUUUACGACAAGGUUCAGGCAGAGCUGGACAACUCGUGCUGCAAGCGCACGAUAUUUACCAUGGGACUGUCAUCGAAAGCGUCUGACGUAAGGAGAAGUAUUAUAAGGAAAAAUACCAUUUGGGAUAGCUUAGCUUUCAAAAGGAUCCAAGAAGACAUGGGAGGAAGAGUUCGACUGAUGAUCGUUGGCUCAGCACCUUUGGCUGGGAACGUCCUCACGUUCACCAGAUGCGUCCUGGGCUGCAUAGUUCUGGAAGGCUACGGUCAGACGGAAUGUUCGGCGCCGAUUACGUUAACAGUGCAGGGGGAUCAUACACCAGAACACGUGGGUCCACCCGUAGCUUGCUGUUGCAUCAAACUGGUCGAUGUGCCGGAAAUGGAAUACUAUUCCGCCGACAACAAAGGAGAAAUUUGCGUAAAAGGUGCAAACGUGUUCGCGGGUUACUUCAAGAAUCCUGAAAAAACAGCUGAAGCUAUCGAUGAACAUGGAUGGCAUCACACCGGAGACAUCGGGAUGUGGCUUGGGAAUGGGACCCUGAAAAUCAUCGACCGUAAGAAGCACACUUUCAAGCUGUCCCAAGGCGAGUACAUCGUUCCGGAAAAAAUCGAAAACAUCUACACCAAGAGCCAGUACGUUCACCAGAUAUUUGUGCACGGAGAAUCGCUGAAAUCGUGCAUCGUCGCGGUAGUUGUGCCGGAGGUGGACGUCGUCAAGUGUUGGGCCCUGGAGAACAAAAUUGUCGGGACUUUGAGUGUGCUCUGCGCCAAUCCGGAAAUUAAAAAGCUCAUCCUCAACGACAUACUGUCUUGGGGAAAACAGGCCGGACUUAAAUCUUUCGAACAAGUGAAAGACAUCUAUCUUCAUCCAGAUCCAUUUUCCGUUACGAACGGCCUGUUAACUCCUGCGCUAAAGGCGAAGCGUCCACAAUUGAAAGCGUACUUUAAACCACAGUUAGAAGACCUUUAUCAGCACUUAGAUUAACUUUUGUGUACUAAAAACUCAUCAUAGUAUUAGCCGAACAAAAAUCUAUGAAAUAUGCUUCGAUUAAAAAAAAAAGUAAAACACGCAGAAAUCUUGAAUAACUGAAAAAUAUGUUAGAGCUAUUAAUUCGAAUGAAUAAAAUUUAAUACGUUAGUAUCAUAAUUACAAAAA